UUGCUCAUUUUCCUAUUGAUCAAAGACCCAGACACCACCCAAACAGCAUAGAGAACCUCACCACAUCUUCUGUGUGCUGAGUGUUAUGAAGUCACUGGGUGACAUUACUGUAGUCCGUGUGUGUGUUUCUGGGGGAGGUUUGUGUCAUUAAUCCUUCAGAUCCCCCCAAUAUAUCACUCAGUGGAUGAUUCAGAUGUUCCCCUUCUGCCUGCUUAUUCUCGUGGUGUCAGGAGUGUGCUGUGACAGUCACACUCUGCGGUAUUAUUUGACGGGGGUGUCAAGGAAUGGAUCUGGUCUGCCUGAGUUCUCUAUAGCUGGAUAUGUGGAUGAUCAACAGAUAGUAAAUUAUAACAGUGAAUCUCAUGUCUUACAUCCUGUGGCUCUAUGGAUGACUAAAGAGGGACCGGAUUACUGGGAGCGGCAAACACAGAUUGCCAAAGCUACCGAGGCGGCAUAUAAACGUAGAGUGAGUACAGCGAUGAGCCGCUUCAAUCAAACUGGAGGUUUCCAUUUCGUCCAGGUGAUGUACGGCUGUGAGCUGAGAGAUGACGGCAACAUUGCAGUAAUUUAUCAGAUAGCAUUUGAUGGGAGAGAUUUUUUGUCCCUGGACACAGAGAGAUGGAUCUAUAUCCCCACCAUGCACGAGGCUCAGAUCAGUACUCAGACAUGGAACGGUCCAGAUGAAAGAGUAGCAGAGAUGCACAAGAAUUAUCUGGAGAAUAUCUGUAUCAAGUGGCUUAAAGAAUACAUCACCUAUGGGAGAGAGUAUCUGGAGAAGAGAGUUCGCCCACAGGUGAAGGUCACAGGUCACCGGUCAGGCGAGGUCACAAAGCUUCACUGUCAAGUGUACGGGUUUCACCCCCGAUCUGUGGAUGUGAAGUGGAUGAGGAAUGGGACAGACGAGGUUCCCUCAGAUGAAGCUAAAAAGAUCCUCCCCCAUCCUGAUGGCACCUAUCAGACCAGAGUCUCCGUGGAAGUCUUUCUCAGGGAUGAGGACACUUACUCCUGUUAUGUGGAUCACAGCAGCCUGGAGGAGUCACUGAAUGUCCUGUGGGAUCCUAAUGACAAUCGUCCACCACAGCUCGGGAUUAUUGGUGGUGUCAUCGCUGUUCUUCUAGUGCUGGGCAUUGCCGUUACUGGGAUCAUUCUAUACAGGAGACGCUCAGGGGUGAAUCCUGGUCGUCUCUAUACUCCUACCCCCACGUAAGAAACCACUGAGGAGCAUCACACAGGAAACUGAAGAGACGUCCUGUUCUACUUGAUAUAUUUAUCCCCAUGUUACUGAGUGAGCUGUGAUCCUGGUUACACCGAGUUAUUACAUCGUUGUUACAUGAAUUUGUUGUAAAUAGAAAUGUUAUAAUAAUAAGACUGUGCGCUCUCACAGGCAGGGCCUCUCCUCCUUCUGUCUCAUGUCCGCACCUCCAUCCUCUACCUCAUUUCUACCUGUUCUUUGUUGUGUUCCUUUUAUGUUCAAGUGGAACUUAUGUUACAGUAUAUUAGUUACAUUUUUUUACUCUUGAUUUCUGCUCAUUUUAUUCUGUGUGCUAUAGUGCUGAGGGAUCCGUGGCAGCUACUAGGUUAUUACAUGUAGCCCAUUAUCUUUUUAUAUUUCUUUGCAAUUUUGCUCUACUUUCACUAUUCUACAUCUUAGGCCUAAUACCCCUGGUGUUUAGUGUGUGCAGUGUACUGGUGUGUGUAACACAUAUACUGUAACUGGCUCUGACAUUAGAUACCAUUGGUUGCAGUGUCACCAUAGCCGCAGCCACUGUAUAUAGCAUUUGUUGGAGGUUUUGUAACAUUCAGUUUGUAUAACUCCUAACAUUUGGGAGGGUGGUGUCAGGACUUUGUGCACUCCUGAACAGAGGCGUAACUAGGGUUUUCGGAGCCCAGGGCAAGAUGGAAAAUGCCCCCCCCCCCUAAAAAAAACCCAGUAAAAUAAGCAUGUGCCGGAUACAUGCCCCACGGUGCCAGAUACAUGCCCCACUCAGUGCCAGAUACAUUGCCCCACUCAGUGCCGGAUACAUUGCCCCACUCAGUGCCGGAUACAAUGCCCCACUCAGUGCCGGAUACAAUGCCCCACUCAGUGCCGGAUACAAUGCCCCACUCAGUGCCGGAUACAAUGCCCCACUCAGUGCCGGAUACAAUGCCCCACUCAGUGCCGGAUACAAUGCCCCACUCAGUGCCGGAUACAAUGCCCCACUCAGUGCCGGAUACAAUGCCCCACUCAGUGUCGGAUACAAUGCCCCACUCAGUGCCAGUUACAUUGCCCCACUCAGUGCCAGUUACAUUGCCCCACUCAGUGCCAGUUACAUUGCCCCACUCAGUGCCAGUUACAUUGCCCCACUCAGUGCCAGUUACAUUGCCCCACAGUGCCAGAUACAUGCCCCACGGUGCCAGAUACAUGCCCCACAGUGCCAGAUACAUGCCCCACAGUGCCGGUUACAUUGCCCCACAGUGCCGGAUACAUUGCCCCACAGUGCCGGAUACAUUGCCCCACUCAGUGCCAGUUACAUUGCCCCACAGUGCCAGUUACAUGCCCCACAGUGCCAGUUACAUGCCCCACAGUGCCAGAUACAUGCCCCACAGUGCCAGGUACAUUGCCCCACAGUGCCAGGUACAUUGCCCCACAGUGCCAGUUACAUUGCCCCACAGUGCCGGAUACAGUGCCCCACAGUGCCAGUUACAUGCCCCACAGUGCCAGUUACAUGCCCCACAGUGCCAGAUACAUGCCCCACAGUGCCAGUUACAUUGCCCCACAGUGCCGGAUACAGUGCCCCACAGUGCCAGUUACAGUGCCCCACAGUGCCAGUUGCAGUGCUGGAUACAAUGCCCCACAGUGCCAGUUACAGUGCCCCACAGUGCCAGUUACAGUGCCCCACAGUGCCAGUUACAUGCCCAACAGUGCCAGUUACAGUGCCCCACAGUGCUGGAUACAAUGCCCCACAGUGCCUGUUACAUGCCCCACAGUGCCAGUUACAUGCCCCACAGUGCCAGUUACAGUGCCCCACAGUGCCAGUUACAGUGCCCCACAGUGCCAGUUACAUGCCCAACAGUGCCAGUUACAGUGCCCCACAGUGCUGGAUACAAUGCCCCACAGUGCCUGUUACAUGCCCCACAGUGCCUGUUACAUGCCCCACAGUGCCAGUUACAGUGCCCCACAGUGCCAGUUACAGUGCCCCACAGUGCCAGAUACUUGCCCCACAGUGCCGGAUACAGUGCCCCACAGUGCCAGUUACAGUGCCCCACAGUGCCAGUUGCAGUGCUGGAUACAAUGCCCCACAGUGCCAGUUACAGUGCCAGUUACAGUGCCCCACAGUGCUGGAUACAAUGUCCCACAGUGCCAGUUACAUGCCCCACAGUGCCAGUUACAGUGCCCCACAGUGCUGGAUACAAUGCCCCACAGUGCCUGUUACAUGCCCCACAGUGCUAGGCCCCCCCCGUGCCGCCGCCGGACCCCCGUCACUCACUUCUUGUGAGGGGAGGAGAGCGCAGCGCAGCGCCUCUCCUUCCCCUCGCCGCUCCAGGUCUCCGGACGCCGGCGGCUGUCUGGCGCCGGUUCGCUAGCCAAUCAGAGCCCGCGGACCGGCAGCCAAUCAGGAGCCGGUCCGCGAGCCCUGAUUGGCUAGCGCCGGAGACCGGACACGGCAGCGCUGCUAGUGCUUCCAGCGGCGGUGAGGGGAGGGAGAGACGCUGCGCUCUCUCCUCCCCUCACAUUUAGGGUUAACGGGGCGAGUGGGGCAUGAUGCCCUGGACGCCGGCGGCGCCCCCCUCUCCUGGGCCUGCCAGGGCGCCCAGGGCACGUGCCCUACUCGCCCUACCCUAGAUACGCAUCUGCUCCUGAAAAGGGGGCUUAGCCGCAUGUCAUGCCCUCAUUAUGCCCCACACUGAGGUGUGACCGCACUUGACACUCUGAGAACACGCCCAUCACUUCCCGAGCAGCUGAGUUACCCCCAACCUCUCUCCACACUGUUAGGAUGCUAGUGCACACACGCAGCACCCAUACACUGGUGAGAGCGCGGGACCUCCCAACCUUUCCCGCAUGGGACACGGUAUUAUGUGUCCCCAUCUGCUGAACUGUGUUGUGUGUGUUGUGUUCCCUUCCACUGAGCUAUGUUGUGUGUCUCCUUCCACUGAUGUUCUGUGUCCCCAUCCAUUGAGCUGUGUUGUGUCCCCAUUCCACUGACCCACGUUGUGUCUCUUUCCUCUUAGUUGCAUUGUUUCCCCUUCCUCUGAGCCAUGCUGUGUGUCCUCUCCCUCCUGAGCUGCAUUGUGUGUCCACUUUCACUAAGCUGCGUUGUGUGUCCCCUUCCACUGAGCUGCACUGUGUGACCACUUCCACUGAACCGUGUUGUGUGUCCCCUUCCAAUGAGCCGUGUUGUCUGUCCCCUUCCACUGAACCGUGUUGUGUGUCCCCUUCCAAUGAGCCGUGUUGUGUGUCCCCUUCCACUGAGCCGUGUUGUGUGUCCCCUUUCACUGAGCCGUGUUGUGUGUCCCCUUUCACUGAGCCGUGUUGUGUGUCCCCUUUCACUGAGCCGUGUUUUGUGUCCCCUUUCACUGAGCCGUGUUGUGUGUCCCCUUCCACUGAGCAGUGUUGUGUGUCCCCUUUCACUGAGCCGUGUUGUGUGUCCCCUUUCACUGAGCCGUGUUGUGUGUCCCCUUCCGCUGAGCCGUGUUGUGUGUCCCCUUCCACUGAGCCGUGUUGUGUGUCCCCUUUCACUGAGCCGUGUUGUGUGUCCCCUUUCACUGAGCCGUGUUGUGUGUCCCCUUUCACUGAGCCGUGUUGUGUGUCCCCUUUCACUGAGCCGUGUUUUGUGUCCCCUUUCACUGAGCCGUGUUGUGUGUCCCCUUUCACUGAGCAGUGUUGUGUGUCCCCUUUCACUGAGCCGUGUUGUGUGUCCCCUUUCACUGAGCCGUGUUGUGUGUCCCCUUUCACUGAGCCGUGUUGUGUGUCCCCUUUCACUGAGCCGUGUUGUGUGUGACAUAAAAUAAUAGAUGGAAUCAAAAUGCACAAAAUAAAACCAAAAGUAUGAAGGCUGUAAUGUGUGUGGGUAGUGAUAGACACGGCUCGAACCCUGACAAUAUGACUGACUGUGUUUUUAUUUAAUUUAUUUAAAAAAAAAGAAAAAAAGAAAAAAAAAAAAAAUAUAUAUAUAUAUAUAUAUAUAUAUAUAACUAUUUUGUACAACGCAAAAAGCAAU